GAAUCCUGCUUUCCUUUUCACUUGUCUGUCCGCCACAGCCGAGGCCCUUAUGGUCGGUGGUCUAGCGACCUUUGGAUCCAAAUUGUUGCAGGAGUUCUACCAUGUCGACCUUACCAAAGCUGGUCUUAUAAUGGGUCUAAUUACCAUUCCCGGAUCUGGGGGAGGGAUGUUACUUGGCGGAUAUCUCGUGAAGAGAUUCGACUGGAAAUUCCAAGGAAUCAUCCGCUCUCUCACUGGACUGUCGGCUGACUUUAACCGGGACUGUCACUGUACCACGGCCAGGUACGAGCCGGUCUGUGACGGUAACCAUACUGUCUAUUUCACGCCCUGUCACGCCGGAUGUACGGCCGUCAACGUCAAUAGUGACGUCAAGGAAUACCUUAACUGUAGCUGUAUAUUGGAGGGAGUGAGUACGUAUACCCUAUCGUCGGAGGAGGAGUUACGGAGUGACGCGAUAGGAUGCUCCCAUAUGGACCAGUGUCCGUGGUUCUACGUAUUCUGUGUUCUGUUAUUCCUCAACAUGCUGUUCACUUUCAUGACCAUGCCGGCAAGUACUACGGCAACAUUCAGGUGUGUUCAACCACAUCAGAGAUCACUCGCCAUCGGGGUUGAGUUGUUGGUAGUAAGACUGUUAGGGACAACGCCAGGACCAAUACUGCUAGGAGCAAUAAUAGACAGCGCAUGCUCAGUGUGGCAGGACAGCUGUGGACAAAUCGGAUCAUGUUGGACGUAUCGGAAGUUCGAUCUAGGCAUUCGUCUCAUGGUUUGGUUUGCAACGCUGAAACUAUUGGGUGUCAUAUUUGCCACUAUUGCAUACAAAGUGUAUGUGCCUCCCCCCGUUGAGGAUAUUGCUGCAAAUGUGGACGAUAGUUAAAAAGGUGGUUUCAACUAGAAUGUAAAUUGUAUCAUAUAUAAAACUCUGUAACUUAUUAAGAUCUAAAAGAUGUUCGUCAAUGACGAAUCAAAUGCAUAUUUCUAACAGUUGAAUACUUACUUUUUUUUCCACCGAGAAAUGACAACUGCUUCCAUUGAUUGUCAGAACACAAGGAAUCGCCUACCUUCUAUAGCUAUAAAAAUAAGAACUACUUGCUUGUAUCUCAUUUGACCCCCUGAAAUUGAAAUGGAAGACACCACAAACUUCCCUUCGUCAGCUUUAUACUUUGGCUCGAAUCUGAAGUAUAAUGGUUAUCUGGCCACCUAUUACCAAACACUGACAACGUGACGUCAUUAAUUUCACAACCGUUAACUAUCCUUUCCUCAGAUGUAAAAUACCAGCCUCUCCUGUUAAUGGAAUAUACAUGUUAUAAUUAAUUCGCUACUCUCCAGCAUGUCAAAGUAUCCGGAUUUAUAAGUUCGAUACGUUGGCCAAUACAUCACGUAACCAAUGUUAUCUAGCGGAGCGACAUUAACCUACACUGACCUGAUUUCCAGUGAUGAUCUUCGACCAUAGUUGCAGAUAUGUUUUUAAAUUUUUGUUUUCAUUUUUCAGGCAG